AUGUCUAAGUUUUUCGGUUCGCAGAACACAUCUGCUCACAACACGACUACCCGCAAUCAGCCUGACAAGAAUGAAGAUGAUGAUGACGACGAUGGCGACGGUACCGACUACGGCGAUGAAGACGACGAAGAUGAAGAGGACGACUAUUACGAACCUCGCAGACCACUUGCAUUUCUACGCAUAGAGCCUUUCCCCAGGUUGAAUCUCUCUAUCGAUGGCUCUCCUAUCGCCAUCGUAGACACAAGCCAGUUUGUCGAAGAGACCGAGAAGAAGGAUCUCACAGCUGUCCAUGCCAUUGCUACCAUACUCUGGAAUUGGCACCCGAACGCUCUCCGUGCCUUCCUCGACCUUCAGAAAUACUCUGCGUUUGAAUUCGCCAUCUGCGACGACUACCCUGGAAGCAAGAGGAUUACCACGCACAUGAUUACACGUCAUGAUCGUGCGAUUCUCGUUGGGUAUUACAACCAGGACAUGGACUGGGGCCAUCAAGUCAGCUAUGGCAUACUGGAGGACGGCCGCUGGAAGCCACUCUGGGGUUCUUCGGACGGACUGGGCGGGAAUUCCAGACCAGAGUUUAUUGAGAUGAUGGGCGGCAUGUGGGCCAGGGACCAGAUGUAUCUCAAGCGAUGGAGGCCUCAAGAGUAUCGCACAAUUGAACUGACCUUGGGCGGCGGUAAUGUGGAUCCUGCUUCGCUGUACUAA